GUCCAUGUUUUUCGUAGUUGUCAAGGAAGCUUCCAGCCCAUCUUAGUAAUAGCUAUAGCAUAUGAAGUUUGUAUAUAUAUCUAUUAUCCAGCAAACAAAUAAACAUAAGCAAAGCAUUACAUUUAUAGUCAUAUAUAUAUUAAGCUUGAAAAACUUUCCUCAUAAUGGGGACGACUUUCGUCCAUCAAACUAGUUAUUUCUUCAUCAUCCUCUUCGCCUUUGUGCUUAUGGAGCUGUGCAAUUGUAGCGGAAGCAACAACUUGGGGGUUUGCAAGGAGAGGGAGAUGCAAGCACUAUUGUGCUUCAAGAAGGAGUUUGAAGAUCCAAUGAAUCGACUCUCCUCUUGGGUUGAUGGAGUUGAUUGUUGCACCAAAUGGGAGGGAGUUAUGUGCGACAAUGUAACCGGUCAUGUUGUUCAACUCCGGCUAACAAAUCCCAACUUUCAGUUUGAGUUUGUUCAUCUUCCGAAAGGUACACUCAGCCCUUGCUUACUAGAGUUGAAAGAAUUACAUCACCUUGAUCUUAGUGGCCUUUAUAAAUAUUUCAGUGGAUCUCGAAUUCCUAAUUUCAUAGGAUCCUAUGCAAACUUGCAAUAUCUUGAUUUAUCCAACUUGGGAUUUCAAGGGAUCAUUCCCCCUCAACUUGGAAACUUUACAAGUUUGCACACUUUAAAAUUGCAUCCAAGCUUUUAUGAUACUAGUCUCAUAAAAACUAAUAGUCUUGACUGGUUGUCCAAUCUUUCAAAAUUACAGUUAUUGGAUUUGAGUAAUGUUAAUCUCAGCAUGGCACAUAAUUGGUUAGAGGCCAUUAAUAUGCUUCCUUCCUUGCGUGAGCUUCAUUUAUCUGAUUGUGAUCUGUCUAAACUAUCCCAGUCACUUCGCCUUCUAAACAAUUCUUUACUUGAAGUCCUUGAUCUUUCCUAUAAUGAAUUCAACACUGUUAUUCCUAAAUGGAUGUUUAAUCUCAAUAACCUUGUUUCUCUUGAUCUAACAUCUUCUGGUUUUCUAAGUUCACUCCCUGAUGGUUCUUGGAACUUGACAUCCAUUAUCACUCUUAACAUCAGUGGUAAUGAAAUGAAUGGUUCAUUACCUAGUCAAUUGUUUGGUCUUAGUGGUUUGGUAUCUAUGAACCUAAGAGAUAACCAAUUUCAAGGUUCCUUGCCCAAUAGUCCUUGGAACUUGACAUCCCUGAGUAUUCUUGACAUCUCCAGGAAUAAUUUGAAUGGUUCAUUACCCCAUCAAUUGUUUGGUCUUAGUCACUUGGCAUCUCUGGACAUAAGUUUCAAUCAAUUGCAAGACCCUUUACCCAAUGGUUUCUCAAACUUGACAUUCCUUAAAAAUUUGGAUGUUUCUGGUAACCGCUUGAAUUCACACAUACCAAAUCAGAUUUACGAUUUGACCAAUCUAGAGUCACUAGGUCUUAGUGCCAACCAAUUACAAGGAACCAUUUCAAAUUCUAUUUCCAAUUUGACAUCUUUGUCUGUCCUUUAUCUCUAUGGGAAUAUGCUUACUGGAGAGAUACCAAAGCAAAUUGAAAAUCUCAGCAAGUUGCAAGCGCUUUCUCUCUCUAGUAAUAUGCUUACUGGAGAGAUACCAAAGCAAAUUGGGAAUCUCAAUAAGCUGCAAGAGCUUUAUCUCUCUGAAAAUAUGCUUACGGGUGAGAUACCAAAGCAAAUUGGGAAUCUCAACAAGCUGCAAGAGCUUGAUCUUGCAAGAAACAGGUUAUGCGGACCUCUUCCUGAGAAUUUGGGGUAUUCAUUUCCAAUGAUUGAAAGGUUGUACAUUUCAGAUAACAAGUUGGAAGGCAUAGUGACAGAAAAUCACUUUGUUAAUCUCACAAAGUUAACCAUUUUAGUUGCAUCUGGAAAUAGAUUAACCAUGCGUGUCAAUCCAAACUGGACACCUCCCUUCCAACUUGAUCGGCUUUAUCUAAGUGGCUGGAAUUUGGGUCCUCAAUUUCCUCUUUGGUUGCAAUCUCAACAUCAAAUUUAUGCGGUGGACAUUUCUAAUGCUGGAAUAGAGGGUGAGAUUCCAACUUGGUUAUGGAACUUUUCUUCUCAAAUUGAAUUAGUUAAUGUUUCACACAACCAAUUGCGAGGCCAAAUUCAAAACAUACCUUCUCAUUCAACUAGAGAGGUGUACUUGAGCUCUAACCAAUUUAGUGGUCCCUUACCUCGUAUUUCUAUCCACAUAAUUGGGUUAGACUUGUCAAACAAUUCAUUCUCAGGAAAUAUUUCUAACUUCUUAUGCCAUGCACAAAAGGUGCAAUAUGACCUCAGACUACUUCAUUUGGGAGGAAAUGAUUUAUUUGGAGAAAUUCCAGAUUGUUGGAUGCAUUGGCCAUACUUAGAAGUUUUAAAUAUGAAGGAAAACAAAUUGAUUGGAAGCAUUCCAAAUUCCAUUAGGCUUUUGAGUAAUUUGGAAUCUUUGGACAUGCACAAAAACAUGCUUUCUGGCCCUAUACCAUCACUGCAAAAUUGCUCCAUGCUAAAGAAAGUUGAUUUGGCUGAAAAUGGAUUCACAGGGACGAUCCCAAGAUGGUUGGGGACUUCUCUUUCAUAUUUGACAAUUUUAAGACUUCGAUCAAAUAACUUUAACGGUGAAUUGUAUCCAGAGUUCUGCCAUCUUACAUCUCUUCGCAUUUUAGAUAUUUCCAAUAACAACUUCACUGGUGUGAUACCCAAGUGUCUUAAAAAUUUCACUGCAAUGAUUAAGAAGGAAUUUUCAUAUGGAUUCUUUGAAACGGGGUAUUCAUCAGAUUUUGGGAGCUUUGGUGAAAGUGCUUUAGUAACUACAAAAGGACAUGAGUACGAGUAUUUCACUAUCAUUCUAAUGUUGUUUGUUAGCAUGGAUUUUUCUAAUAACAACUUUAAUGGGGAUAUUCCAAUUGAAUUGACGAAUCUUGUGCAAUUGAAAUCUUUGAAUUUAUCAAGAAACAAUUUGACAGGAAAUAUCCCCGUGGAGAUGGGAAAUAUGAAGUUAUUAGAAUCCAUUGAUUUUUCAAGAAAUCAACUUUCAGGAAAAAUUCCAUCAAGCUUCUCAAGUUUGUCAUCGUUGGGUGUUUUAGACCUAUCCUAUAACAACCUAUCUGGGAAGAUACCUUCAGGUACUCAACUGCAAGGCUUUAAUGCUUCGUGUUACAUUGGCAACAACCUCUGCGGCCCUCCGAUCUCAAAAAGCUGUAGCAGUAUUGAUGAAGGUAAAAUUCCCACAAAUGAAAACAAAAGAGAUGAUGGUUGUGAAGUGGAUUGGUUUUAUGUUAGCAUGGUUAUAGGAUUUGCAGUGGGCUUUGGAUGCAUCUAUGGUUCUUUGUUUCUUGUAAAAUCUUGGAGGAUUGCUUAUUUUAAAUUUUUAGAUAAGAAGUUGAAGUCUUUUUUAGUAUGGGCACAUGCUUUGAGUGCUUAAUGCUUCUAGCUAUACAGAGUUGGAUGAAAGUUUAGAAGUGAAUGACAAUGUUAUAUUCUCCUGUAAUAUGGCAGUUAUGACAGU